AAAACAUAAAAGUGUGUAUAUAUAUGUAACAACCACACAUAAACCUUAUGCAUAAAAGGGCUGCUUCAUGGAAAAUCACCUCACUUUCUCCACACACCCACACACAAACAGACAGACAGACAGAUAUAUUCAUAAACAUAUAUAUAUAUAUAUAAUGGGUCACUACUUGUUAGAGCAAAGUGAGGCUUCUAUUUACAAGCUAUUCCAUUCUCUCUCUUCUCUAUCCUGCUAGGUAGCAGACUAAUUAUCAGUUCUGUAGCUACAUUGAUAUAUGAAGAAAAUGAAUUGUUCAGACGAGAGCGGUUCGGAGAAAGGAGAGAUGAGAAGGGAGAAAAGGAACGCUAUAGGUAUAAUUUUCAGGUAUGCAGAUUGGGUGGACAUUUUGCUUAUGUCGUUCGGCACUCUCGGAGCCAUUGGCGAUGGCAUGUCAACAAACUGUCUACUGCUCUACGUUAGUCGCCUUUUCAAUAGCCUGGGUUAUGCUAAAACUCAGCCAAAUCCCGCAGUCAAUUUCAUGGAUGAGGUCGAAAAGUGCAGUUUAUACUUUGUAUACUUGGGAUUAGCGGUGAUGGUGGCGGCCUUUAUGGAAGGUUAUUGUUGGAGUAAAACCAGCGAGCGGCAGGUACUGAAGAUCCGGUUCAAGUACUUGGAAGCUGUUCUUAGACAAGAAGUUGGCUUCUUUGAUUCACAAGAAGCUACUACUUCAGAAAUCAUCAACAGCAUAUCAAAAGAUACUUCUCUCAUACAAGAAGUUCUUAGUGAGAAGGUACCAAUAUUUUUGAUGCACACAUCAGUGUUCAUCUCAGGACUUGGAUUUUCCACCUACUUUUCAUGGAGGUUGUCCAUAGUAGCUUUCCCAACAUUACUUCUAUUAAUCAUUCCUGGGAUGAUUUAUGGCAAAUACCUUCUGUAUCUGUCCAAGAAGUCCUUCGGAGAAUACGGCAAAGCAAACACCAUAAUAGAGCAGGCUCUUAGCUCCAUCAAAACUGUGUAUUCAUUCACUGCUGAAAAGAAUAUCAUCGAGAGAUAUUCGACAAUAUUGGAUCGAACAACAAAGCUGGGAAUCAAGCAAGGAAUUGCAAAAGGACUUGCUGUGGGGAGUACAGGGCUUGCUUUUGCAAUAUGGGCUUUCCUUGCUUGGUAUGGAAGCCGGUUGAUUAUGUACCAUGGAGAGAGUGGAGGAAGAGUUUAUGCAGCCGGACUUUCCUUCAUAUUGGGUGGACUAUCACUGGGAAUGGCGCUCCCUGAUGUCAAGUACUUUACAGAAGCUUCAGUUGCUGCCUUGCGAAUAUUUGACAGGAUUGACCGGAUUCCUGAAAUCGAUGGUGAAGACACAAAGGGACUAGUAUUGGAACAAAUCCAAGGAGAACUAGACUUUGAGCAUGUCAGGUUCACGUAUCCUUCUCGCCCUGAUUCCAUAGUCCUCAAAGAUUUCACUCUCAAAGUGGAAGCAGGAAAAACAGUAGCCCUAGUUGGUGCAAGUGGAAGUGGCAAAUCAACUGCAAUCGCGUUGCUGCAACGUUUUUAUGAUGCAGAUGGAGGAGUUGUGUGCAUUGAUGGUGUUGACAUAAAAACACUCCAGCUAAAAUGGUUAAGAGGGCAAAUGGGACUUGUGAGUCAAGAACACGCGUUGUUUGCAGCGUCCAUAAAAGAGAAUAUCAUGUUUGGGAAACUCGACGCCACCAUGGAAGAAGUCAUGGCAGCAGCAACGGCAGCAAAUGCUCAUAAUUUUAUUAGGCAGCUUCCUGAAGGAUAUGAGACUAAGGUUGGCGAAAGAGGGGCUCUUUUAUCAGGUGGACAAAAGCAGCGGAUUGCCAUUGCUAGAGCUAUCAUUAAGAACCCUGUGAUUCUACUACUUGAUGAAGCAACAAGUGCACUUGACUCUGAAUCAGAAACCAUUGUCCAAAAUGCUCUGGAUCAAGCCUCCAUGGGAAGAACCACACUGGUAGUUGCCCACAAGCUCUCAACUGUAAGAAAUGCAGAUCUCAUUGCUGUCAUGAGUGAAGGUUGUGUCAUUGAAAUAGGUUCACAUAAUGAACUCAUCAACAAGAAAAAUGGCCACUAUGCAAAAAUGGCAAAGCUACAAAGACAGUUCAGCUCGUUCGGCUCAACUGAUGAUCAAGAACAACUCGUUGAAGCUCGAAUCUCUUCAGUUGCUAGAAGCAGUGCAGGCCGGCCAAGCACAACCAUGUCAAGCCCAGCAUUCUUCGCUUCACCUUUGUCCAUAGAUCAAAAUCAACCUCCUCUACCUUAUCCUUCACCAUCCUUUUCCAGGCUUCUUUCUUUGAACUCUCCUGAAUGGAAACAAGGUCUACUUGGAAGCCUCUCGGCCUCGGCCUUUGGUGCAGUGCAGCCUGUCUAUGCCCUCACCAUUGGUGGCAUGAUUUCGGCUUUCUUCUCACCAAGUCAUGAGGAAAUGCGUGCUCGAAUUCAAACAUAUGCCUUAAUUUUCUCCUCACUUACCCUGGUUUCAGUCAUUGUAAAUCUAUCCCAACACUAUAAUUUUGCUUAUAUGGGUGAGCAGCUAACGAAGAGGAUCCGAUUGAGAAUGCUGGAGAAAAUCUUGACCUUUGAAGCAGCUUGGUUCGACGAAGAACAGAACUCAAGUGGUGCCCUGUGUUCUAGAUUGAGCAAUGAAGCUUCCAAGGUCAAAUCCCUUGUUGCUGAUAGAGUCUCUCUUAUAGUCCAAACAACUUCAGCUGUGACUAUUGCAAUGAUAAUGGGGUUGGUUAUAGCUUGGAAGCUUGCACUUGUGAUGAUCUCCGUCCAACCACUCACAAUCCUAUGUUUUUAUACACGAAAAGUUUUGUUGUCUUCCAUCACAACGAAUUUUGCCAAGGCACAGAAUCAAAGCACUCAAAUUGCUGUAGAAGCAGUUUACAACCACAGAAUUGUUACUUCAUUUGGAAGCAUAGGCAAGGUUCUUGAGCUUUUCGAUGAGGCCCAGGACGAACCGAGGAAGGAGGCUAGGAAGAAAGCAUGGCUGGCUGGUAUUGGCAUGGGGUCAGCUCAGGGCCUUACCUUUAUAUGCUGGGCACUUGACUUCUGGUAUGGUGGGAAACUGGUGGAUUCUGGAGAGAUAUCAGCUGGGGAUGUGUUCAAGACAUUCUUCAUAUUGGUUAGCACCGGUAAGGUUAUAGCCGAAGCUGGGAGCAUGACUUCUGAUCUAGCCAAAGGUUCGACAGCAAUUGCAUCUGUGUUCUCAAUUCUUGACAGACAAUCACUGAUUCCAGGAUCAAACAAUGCUGUUGAUGGAACCAAGUUAGACAAAAUGGUUGGCGACAUAGAAUUGAAAAAAGUGGAUUUUGCAUACCCGGGCCGGCCUGAGAGCCUAGUACUGCGCCAGUUCUGCUUGAAGGUGAAAGCAGGCACGGGCACCGGACUUGUCGGGAGAAGUGGGUGUGGGAAGUCGACAGUGAUUGCAUUGAUUCAGAGAUUUUAUGAUGUCGAAAGGGGGACAGUGAAGGUGGACGGGGUGGACAUAAGGACACUUGAUAUUGGAUGGUGUAGAAGGCAAAUGGCACUCGUUAGCCAAGAACCCGUGUUAUAUUCUGGGAGCAUUCACGACAACAUUGUGUUUGGGAAGUCUGAUGCUUCAGAGAACGAGGUGGUGGAGGCUGCUAGAGCUGCAAAUGCCCACGAAUUCAUCUCGUCACUGAAAGAGGGGUAUGAAACAGAAUGUGGUGAGAGGGGGGUGCAGUUAUCAGGAGGACAGAAGCAGAGGAUUGCAAUAGCAAGGGCCAUAAUUCGAAAUCCAAUAAUACUACUGCUGGAUGAGGCAACCAGUGCUCUUGAUGUGCAAUCAGAGCAAGUAGUGCAGGAGGCAUUGGAUCGAAUCAUGGUUGGGAGGACCACCAUUGUGGUGGCACAUAGGCUCAACACGAUCAAGAAACUCGACUCGAUUGCCUUUGUAUCGGAAGGGAAGGUGGUGGAGCGAGGGACGUAUGCUCAGCUCAAGAACAACAGAGGCGCCUUCUUCAACCUUGCCAGUAUCCAAAAUAUUAAAUAGAUAUGAUGUUCAUAUAUAUAUAUAUAUAUAUAUAUAUAUAUAUAUCAUAUUAGCAGCUUGUGCUUAUGUAAAAUGUUGGCCUGGAAUAACAUGGAGCAGCCCAUGCAAUCCUUGAAUAGUUAGUUAUACAAGGAGAAAUUUUCAACAAUGGUAAAUAGGAUGCCCUAGUCUGAUGGCUAUCCCAUCUCAUGCCAUUUUGUAUAGAAUCUGAGCUUCACUCUUAAGGCCUAAACAUAGCAUGAGUUGGAUUGUUUGUCA